GGCGUUGCCAGGCCACGGGACGCCGCGUGGCCCGGCGGAGCCAUGGCCGCCCGCAGCGGGGAGAGGGAGCCGCCGGACCCGGUGCGGCAGAACCAGCUGCUGUGCGAGCGGGUGCGGAAGGAGCUGCGGUGCCAGAGGCUGCACACGCAGUACGACGUGAACCCGCUCCACCGCGUUCACACGAUCACAAAGAAGCCCAUGUCUUGGCAUGAUAAUAUAGAAGAGCCGGCAGAUGCCAAGUUUCUGAAUCUUAUUCACCACGCAGCACUGGAGCCAACAAAGAAAUAUGCAGAGCCACAAACUGAAAGCCAAGAAAUUGGCUGGAACACAACACCUUUGAUUCACGUGGACCGUACUGACCGCAGACUCUACUUCCCACGACGGAGAACCGAGAUCACUAAAUAAAUGCCUGCCAUGGGGCACAGGGAGGAGCACUCUGAGAACCUGAAGUUGUAGAGUGGCCAAGCCACACAGCUUAGAAGCAGUUAAUGACAUCUAAUCUGUUAGGCCCUGCUUGUUAUUAGAUGAGUCUGGUACAUUUCUGGCAAGAGAAGAUAGCAAGGAAAGGGAAGAGAGAAACUCGGUCUGUCCAGAUUUGCAGCCUGGCAAUAGUUACAGAAAUAAACCUAUUUAUAAGA